AUGGUGCAGAAAAAUGCCUGGAAAUGGAACGUCGCCCGUACGGUGUACCCAGCUUGUUCCGCGUGUCUCGCAUUACUCGGCCGAGUGAAUACACUUACGUGGAGGUUGGCCGGCCCAGCCUUGUGGGGGGCUGAGCUUCUCAAGCAAAAGGGAUUGCAACGGAGAUAUCCAGCGGCCUUCCCAAUUGUUCAUGUCGCCACGGAUCGUCGUUGGAUCGCCUGGUCGUCGGCCGUCUCAGCAAACUUGCAUGAAUCCUCUUCGUCCAAUGUCUUCAGAGCGGCACUUUGGGAGAAAACAUCAACAGACUCGACAAACUUGCUCGCGACGGGCACUGGCCAGCGUUCCGAUUCACGGCUUGGCCGAGCCCAGGGCCACUAUGCGCGAAGACGUUGUGGUGGACGUGUCUUCAGUCAUCUGUUGCCCAAGAGCCGCGAGUCUCAAACAAUUGGUGCCGGAACCCUGCGACCAACAUCGUUUCACAGCUGGGGUCUCUCAUCGCGACCUGCCAAGGAGGCAUAA